AUGUGUAAAUACAAUAAGCCUUGUGCUGCUAUUAAGAUUAGUGAGGGAUGUAGUUAUCAUGAAGUUAUUGAGAAAAUAUGUGCGAAAUUCAAGAAGCUGAGUGUUGUUUCUAGUGGUUCUCAUGUUGUUGAUGUUGUUGUGGGAGUGAAUUAUUUGAAGAAUGAUGCAAUGAGAUUGGAUAAUGUGCAUACUUGUGGGGUUAUUGCUCGUAGAUCUUGUAGCAAAAUGGUUGGUUCUAGACUUGUCUCUGAUAUUGUGCAUAAUGAUAUUGGAGUUGAUAAGGCAAGAGGUGGGUUGUUUGGUGAUUUUGCAUCUUCUUUUGACCAACUUCGAUGGUACCUUGAGACAAGUAUGAGAACGAAUCCCGGAAGUGUGUUUGAAUUAGAUGUGAAUGAAAGCAGUGGGUGUUUUCGGAGGUUUUUUAUGGCAUUUCAUGGAUGUUUGUAUGGAUUUCAAUUUUGUCGUCCAUUGUUAUUUGUUGAUAGUACAUUCUUGAAAGGGCGUUAUAAGGGGCAUUUGUUUGUAGCAACAUCAAAGGAUGGUAAUCAAGUUGCUAAAGGUAUUGGUUUAGGCCAGAGAUUGACCUUUGUGUCCGACCGUCAACAUGGAUUGCUAGACGCUCUUUCAGUGGUUUUUUCCAAUGCACAUCAUGCAUAUUGCUUGAACCAUUUGAAGAGAAAUUUGAUUGACAAAUUGGUGGGACUUUGUACUAACUAUAAGCUGACUUUGAUGAAAAUAUUAGUUAAAUAUUCUUAUGCAUCAACUAUUGCUUCUUUCCAACAUUAUAUGGAGAAAUUGAGGCGUAUUGCUAGGAAUGGUAGAGUUGAUAGUAUGUUGGAUAGUUUGCAAAAUGAUAAGUGGGCAAAUUCAUUUUUUAGAGGGAAACGAUAUGGUGAUAUGUCAUCUAAUGCUGCUGAGUCUUAUAAUAAUUGGAUUGGUGGGACUCGUGAGUUGCCUAUUACUUGUAUGGUUGAUAUGAUUAGGGUUCAAAUCAUGACUCAAUUGUCUAAUAGGAGAGCUGAAUCUAAAAGAUGGUCUACCAAAUUGUGUCCAGUUUUGGAAAAAAAGUUGGUGGACUCUUUGAAGCUAGCUAAGUCUUGGGAUGUGAUUGUUGCUAGUAAUACUGUACUUGAGGUUCAUUCUUCUAUUUCUUUUUAUGUUGAUAUUGAAAGUCGUACAAGUAAUCUUUUUAUCCAGUGCCUUCAAGUGAGAGAUUUGACUUUGAUGGUGCCAAUAGUUCGAUUAUCAAACUUUGAUGGUGCCGAUAGUUCGAUUAUCAAACCUCUUAUAACGAAGAAGCAACCCGGGCAGAACAAAAAGAAAAGGAUACCUUCUAGGGGUGAGAAUGUAAAGCAAAUCAAGUGUGGGGGGUGCUUGAAAUAUGAGAAUCACAAUAAAAAGACGUGCAAGGCUGCUAUUUGA